UGCUGCAUAGACAACUAUGAAGAAAUAGUUACACUCCUUCUGAGCCAUGGGGCCAAUGCCAAUGCAAAGGACAAUGAAUUGUGGACUCCUCUGCAUGCAGCAGCAACAUGUGGACACAUUAAUCUAGUGAAGAUCCUGAUUCAACAUGGGGCAGACCUACUGGCAGUCAAUGCCGAUGGCAACAUGCCAUAUGAUCUCUGUGAAGAUGAACCAACUUUGGAUGUUAUUGAGACUUGCAUGGCAUACCAAGGAAUCACACAAGAGAAAAUCAAUGAAAUGCGAGCUGCUCCUGAACAGGCAAUGAUUGAUGAUAUUUCAGAGAUGAUUGGAAGAGGAGAGGAUCUGAACAUAAUAGAUGCUCAAGGUGCUUCACUGUUACACAUAUCUGCUGCCAAUGGUUAUCUACAUGCAGCAGAGCUGCUUCUAGACCAGGGAACCAGACUGGACCUCAAGGACUGUGAUGGCUGGGAACCCCUCCAUGCUGCAGCUUUCUGGGGACAUAUGCAAAUGGCAGAGCUCUUAGUGUCCCAUGGGGCAAACUUGAGUGCCCGAACAGCUAUGGAUGAGAUGCCAAUAGACCUGUGUGAAGAAGAGGAGUUUAAGGUUCUGCUCUUAGAGCUGAAGCAUAAACAUGAUGUCAUCAUGAAGUCUCAGAUGAGGCACAAGUCCUCCUUGAACAGGAGAACAUCAAGUACUGGAAGCAGAGGAAAAGUGGUGCGGAGGGCAAGCCUUUCAGAUCGAACAAACCUUUAUAGAAAGGAGUAUGAGAAGGAGGCUAUCAUCUGGCAACAGAUAGAAUCUUCUGAGGAGCAAAGAACUUCUGAUUACAAUAUUGACAUUCGGGAGGCUUCAUCUAACCAAGAGAACACAGAUCCUAACUUGACCACUGAUACAGCUAUAAUCCUUCCAGAGCUGGUAACAAAAGGAAUACAAUGUGAUUCAGAAAAUCUGCUUCAGAAUGGACUCAAUCUAUCCUCCAUUCCUUACCAGUAUUCUAUUCCAAAUGGAGAUGUUUGGAUAAUGCAUUCAGUUCUGGACAAUGAUGGAAGCCAAGCAUUGCCCUACAAUACUCCUGGGAUUUCUGACUCUCAUCACAUCUGGGAUGACUACAAAGAAAGGAGCCACCAAACCCUUUCUGAACUGAAACGGCAGCGAGCAGCAGCCAAACUUCUCAACCAUCCCUUCAUCAGUACACACUUUGCUAGCAGUAUAGGAGACUCAGUGGAAAAUGGGGGAGAAGCUAAAGAACAUUUGAUUAGUUCCAGGACACCUUCUUACACAUCCAAUGGAACUUCAGUUUAUUACACCAUGUCAAGUGGUGACCCACCUCUCUUAAAAUUCAAGGCUCCCAUGGAAGAAAUGGAGGAGAAGGUGCACGGCUGCUGUAGGAUUUCCUGAUCUCAGUUUAUUCCUACCAAGUUGGUGGGCAUGUUGCAUCUGCUACUGAAUCUUUAUUUUUACUUUUGCAGGAUCACAGAAUCUGGUUUAAUCAUCUGGGACUAUACCUAAUUCCAUAUUUUGUUUUUGCGGUUUCAUUAAAAAUUGAGCAUGUGUAGGUGGAAAGAGAAGUAAAAGUGAAACUCUACACAUAACUUUUUUUCUACUAGAAGAGAGAGUGUUCAUUUGAUUACACCUCUAAUCUGAUUUAAAAUAUCUAUUCAUGGGGUUCUGGGACAUAAUCGGCACAUCAGAAAUCAAUUCUGUUGACAUUGGUACAGCAUUACUGACAAAUAUUCUUUUGCAAGCAGACUAGGUAAAACAUGAGGACCCAGUUUCUCUGUGUAAGGUUUUGCACAUGAAGAUAUAUGCACUUUAUGAUAACAACCAACCCAAAAACACAGCCUCUAAUGUGACUGCAUUGUUGGAAUGUUAACUAUCUUGCUGCCAAUUUUGUUUAGCCAUCGUUUAUUAGUGUUCAUUUUAUAAAAUAAUGAAGUAGGUUUUCAACUCUUUUAAGGAAGAAGUUAUUUUCAGCUCCUCAGAGGAGCAGUACAGUUAAAAAGAAUUCAUGCUUUGACCUAUCCUUCUCCAUUGGGAGUCCUUUUUAGUUUGUACUUGAAAAUAUUUUGAUAUGCAUUGCAGUAGUGUAGCAAAUUUUAUUUCAUCAUGUUCUGUCAGAGAACUACCAUUUUUUAUUUACCUCCAACUUCUAUUUUGAAGAUUUUGAGAGAGGUUUUCUUUCUUCUCAGUGUUAUGCUUUGCAACUUGUACCAUUAUUUAAUUAGCUUGUUCUGCUUCGCAUAAAAAACUCCUUGAAGUGUUUUUAAACAUUAAAUCGAUACUAGGGUUUGAGGAUGGGGGGGGGAGCAUCAUUUUAUGUUUCACUGCAAAUUUCAUCUAAAUCUCUGCAGUUACUACUUUCUGCAGUUUGUUUGACCAAGAAACUGGUGGCCAGAAAUUAUAUGAAUUUAGUUGUAUUUAUAUGAAUUUAGUUGUAUUCAUAGGAGAUCUACAUUCUUGAGUCAGGUUCUCCUGAUCGUAACACAUUUAUCUACCCUUCUUUUCUCUGAUGCUAUCCAAUUGUAUUAGGAAUAUAAUAUUCAGAAUUCACUGCCUGCAGUUGGAGGGUAAAGCUGCAAAUGUCCCAUCUUACAUUGUAAUGGUGGUGUGCGUUGCUCCACUCUACAGAAACACAUAUCAUAACUUGUUUUAAUAUGACACAUAAGAAGCUUUUCACAUUAAAUAAAAGCAACUUAGCAAUAUCUAGCAAUAAUAUUUUAAUUUGCAGGUGACCAGCACCAUAGCCAUGUGGUGGAAGCCUGAUUGCCAAUCAGAGAUAACAUGUUCUUAUCACCCAUAAGACACAACUGCACAUUUCAUUUUAGUUUGCUGAAAGGUAUACUGGUCACUGUUGGUCUUAUUUUUUAAUUCAAUAGCUUCUUGUCUCAGACCUGAUUUAUGAAAUAGUUAAUUCCCCAUAAAGUUUCUUUGUUAAGAGUGAAAGGAAAAUGUAACUUCUGAAACUCUUCAUACUACAUCUGAUGUACUCUUCCAUCAAUUGAAGAUUAGGUUUGGAAUUCUCUUGCUAAAACCAAAGUUUCUAUUCCUUUGGCAACCAUUUUGCAAGCAAGCAAGAAAGCUAAUUUUUCCUUAACAGGAAAAACAAUGUACAACACAUAGCAAAAUAGCUAUCUAAGAGGCAAACUAGACAACUUAGUCUUUCUUACUAUACUAUAUCCAAGGGUGUAAUUUUUAGAAUAAUUAUAGGACUUUUAAAAUUAUAUAUAUUGCACACGAUGAAGGGGAAUGUUUCAUCUGGAGAAGUGACUGUAGUUUUAUGAAAAGCAUUCUAUAGAUAUGAACUUGUAUUUAACACACAAUAAUAAGAAAUAGUCUUCAAUGCAAGAUAGCAAAUUAAGAGCAGCUGCGUGUUGGCAAAUUAUAUGUGAUUAAAAUGACUUUUUCAGCAAUGAAAAUCUCAUAUCUUAUUUAAUUCAUGAUGUUGGAAAAGUAUCUCAAGUGUCAUGCUAGAGCUGAAAAAUAAUAAAGUAGCUGAAAAUUUCACCUAUUAUUCAAUAUUCAGUCAAUUUUGUACUUGCAAAUAUAACUUCAAACUUGGAUUUUUUAUUUUCACUUAUUUUUUAUUUUUACUUAUUUUUUAUUUUUACUUAUUUUUUAUUUUUCAAAAGAUCCUUUAAAAUGAAGAAAGAGGAUAAUCCUGAAACAGAUUUUGUUAGACUUUUUUUCUUUUAACUAAAUUGUUAGGCACAUUCUCUCUCUGAAGCUUUCUACUUAACAGAGCUGUAUAUCUGAGCAGGUAAUCGUGGUUCUCUGUUUUCAAUGUAGUCAAAACUGUAAAGUGUUGUUGAUUAUAAUAUACAGUAGGAAUUAAGGAUAGUUCCGCACAAUUUUCCUUCUUGUUGAAAGAAUUGUUUUGUAGUUAGUAGCAAGGAGACAGGUGUUUACAAAAUUUUUCAGCAUCUAUAUAAAAUUAUGAUUUAUAGAAACCACGACCGAAAAUCUAUGCAGUGAUCAGUAACUCUAUGUAGAAGAAAAACAAUUUAAUGUAUGUGCCUUGGGUCCUGAUCUAGUUUCUGCUUGUAAUUUUCUUGAGUUUUAUCACGACUUCUAUAUUUUUCUCCAAAACUCUGUUGAAGAGGAAAAAUAUCACCUCACUUUUAGCUAUUUUUGUACAUUGUAUCUGGGAGCAUCCAUAGAUUCUUCUGAUACUUCAAAUAAUGCUAUAAUAAAAAGACACGCAAUCCCCUUAAAUUGGGCCACAGAGAAAUUCAAUUACCCCAAAAUAUGAUUAAAUGAAGACAAGAGAAUUACAUAUGGAUGUAAAAUCCCUAGUUUCUUUCCCUAUAUCCCUACAUCAGAAGAGCAUGAUGUUUAGAAUUCAAUAUUAUGAAGAAGACUUAACCUAAAGACUAAAGAGUUUUGAGCAGGCAUCUAGAGCAAUUUUCAUCAAAAAAAAUCUGGACAUGACAGAAAACUCAGGCCUUUCAGUAACAGGCCAUAGGUCUUCAAAUUCCUCAGUGCAUUAUUCACUAAUGUGUGAAUUGCAAUCUCAGUUAAUUAUAAGCACUUAUUAUUAUUACUUUGAAUUGAUCACUUAUGUAUAUGUUUUAAAUUAAGUUUAAGUUAACCUAUUGAUUACAAUGUCAGGGUGUUCACUCUGCACUAAGGCUAUAUAACCUAUUAAAAACACAAUUGUGAAGAGGAAGCUGUGGACUCAGUUGAAGGUUUUGGAGUCGUGACAAGUAUAACUGCCUGGGGGAUUUCAAUUUUAUUUAGAGGCUGACAAUAGCUUGGUAAUUUUCACAGGUCUGGAUGGUAGAAGAGGGAUUAUACAGUAUUUAAUCUGCUUUCUAAUACAGUUCUCUCCAAUGCAUGUAGUAACUCUAUAUAUACAGAAUUGUAAGAUAGUUAUUAUACUACCACCAAUUGGGAAAACAACAAUAGAAAAUAUCUUUAUGUAGUUUCUUUAAAUGCUAUUUCUUUAUUAACUUAUUGAAUUUAUACCAGCUCUUUAAUAUUCAGUGUAUUCUGAAUACAAGUCUGUCAUGCCCCCAGCUGGAGAGUAAAAGUAUUACACAAUAUAUAUUUUUCAGAUGUCUGAUGCAGGACUCAAAUUAUUACAAUGCAGGAAUUUACGAAGCCAUAAUCUAGUGGUGGUCCUCCAAUUAUUGUUGAAUCUCAACUCCUGUAACCCCCAUGUUUUAUAGCUAACAAAGUUCCUCACAGUUGGUAUAGACUUUAGAGAAUUGUUUUAUAGCAUGACUGUCUCAGAUUUGUUUUUCUUAUUCCUACCCAUCUGAAAAAUGUCUUUUUACUUGCC